AUGUUGUUGACUGCCCCUCCAAAACUAUCCAUUUCAUCUCCUUCCUUCUCUUCUUCUUCCCUCACCCCGAAAAAUCCCAUCUUUGUUACGAAAUUCCCUUCAAUUCUCUCCACACCUACUCACAUUCCUCUCCGCCUUCAGGCCGCACCGUCAUCCUCAUCUUCAUCCCCGACAAUGAUCGAGAAGGAGACCAUGACGACCCACCGUCCGGAUACUUUUCUUCGUGAAUCGGAUGAGCAUACUUCGACUUCAUCGGACUCGGUCCGGGCCAGGUUCGAGAAGAUGAUAAGGGAUGCACAGGACAGUGUUUGUGCUGCUAUUGAAGCUGUGGAGAAUGGAAGUAAGUUCAAGGAGGAUGUCUGGUCCAGACCCGGCGGAGGCGGUGGAAUUAGCAGGGUUUUGCAGGACGGAGCUGUUUGGGAAAAGGCUGGGGUUAAUGUUUCUGUUGUGUACGGUGUAAUGCCUCCGGAGGCUUAUCGGGCUGCUAAACCCAGUUCGGAUAAUGGCGAUGUUAAGCCCGGUCCUGUUCCGUUCUUCGCUGCCGGAAUUAGCUCGGUUCUACAUCCGCACAACCCUUUUGCCCCUACGUUGCAUUUUAAUUAUCGUUAUUUUGAGACUGAUGCCCCAAAAGAUGCUCCAGGAGCUCCUAGACAGUGGUGGUUUGGUGGCGGUACUGACUUUACUCCAUCUUACAUUUUUGAGGAUGAUGUCAAACAUUUUCACUCGGUCCAGAAAACCGCUUGUGAUAAAUUUGACCCCACCUUCUAUCCUCGAUUUAAGAAGUGGUGUGAUGAUUAUUUCUACAUUAAGCACCGAGGAGAGAGGCGAGGCCUUGGGGGCAUAUUUUUUGAUGAUUUGAAUGACUAUGAUCAGGAGAUGCUUCUUGCUUUUGCUACAGAAUGUGCAAAUUCUGUGAUCCCUGCAUACAUUCCAAUUAUUGAGAAGAGAAAGGAUACACCAUUCACGGACAAACAAAAAGCAUGGCAACAACUACGGAGAGGGCGUUAUGUUGAAUUCAACUUGGUUUAUGACCGUGGAACGACAUUUGGUCUCAAAACAGGAGGCAGAAUCGAAAGUAUCCUAGUUUCCCUCCCAUUAUCUGCGAGAUGGGAAUAUGACCAUAAACCGGAAGAGGGAAGUGAAGAAUGGAAAUUACUGGAUGCUUGCAUCAACCCGAAGGAGUGGCUGUGA